AUUGCAGUAUUCAAGUACAAGAAAGGGCAUGAUUCGGUACUUGUUGUAAAUGAAAAUGACUAUUCAAAAUGCAACAAAGAAAAUCCCAUCAAAAUAAUGAAAGAUGGUGACUCUAAAUUUAAGUUUGAGAAAUCAGGUCCAUUUUUCUUCAUUAGUGGCCAUAACCAAAAUUGUGAGAAGGGGGAGAAGUUGAUCGUUGUUGUUCUUUCCGAUCGCCACCGCAACACCACCCAUAAUGCUCCAUCCCCGCCGCCGGAGACACCCCACAAACCACCGUCCACCUCCCCUUCUCCAUCACCUUCUCCGUCUAUGAACAAACCUCCAACCCCAGCUCCAGUUGCUCAUCACUCGCCAAAUCCUUCACCGGCAGCUAAAUCUCCCGCCCACGCGCCGCCAGUCAAGCCACCCUCUCAUUCACCAUCUCCAUCUCCGGCGGCCACAGCACCCAUUAGUCACCAUCCGCCAAGCCCUUCACCGGCAGCUAAAUCUCCCACCCACGCGCCGCCAGUCAAGCAGCCACCCUCUCAUUCUCCAUCUCCAUCUCCGGCGGCCCCAGCACACAAUUCUCACCACUCGCCAAGCCCUUCCCCAGCAGCUAAAUCGCCCACCCACCACGCGCCGCCGGUCAAGCCACCAUCUCAUUCUCCAUCUCCAUCUCCGGCGGCUCGAGCUCCAAUUACUCACCACUCACCAACUCCGUCUCCAACAGCUAAAUCUCCCACCCACGCGCCGCCGGUCAAGCCACCCUCUCAUUCUCCAUCCCCAUCUCCGGCGGCUCCAGCUCCAAUCACUCACCACUCACCAAUCCCUUCCCCAGCAUCUAAAUCGCCCACGCACGCGCCGCCGGUCAAGCCACCUUCUCAUUCGCCAUCCCCAGCUCCAAUUACUCACCACUCACCGAACCCUUCCCCAGCAGCCAAAACCCCUUUACACGCGCCGCCGGCCCAACCACAUUCUAACUCUCCAGCCCCUUCGCCGGCGGCCAAAUCUACUACACACGUUCCACCAUCUCGUUCGCCAUCACCAUCUACUAAAGCUGAAUCGCCAAAGAAACACGGACGACGCACCGCAGCCGGAGUUGCAGCAUAACCACUCUGCUCCGACUCCGA